AAGGAUAGCAAAGCAGGAUUGCUGCCUGCUUUGAAAAACCCAUUCAGCCGAAUUUGUGCCUGGCUUUAGGUUGGGAAGUUAUGGGGCCGUCUUCAAUCUGGAGGAGAUUUUGACGAUGUCAUGGGACAGACGUGAUGUGACUUCGCCAGCCAAGUUAAAUCUGAUGGGCUGUCAAAUUUGUCAACUGUCAACGGACUCCUUUGCUUCUGCUGAUAUUCAAUAUGGAACAGAAGCUCCAGAUUCUUCUGGACCCUUCCCUGAUGUAUCUCCCAGAUGGCGGCCGUGAUCAAACGUGUCCUCUACAGCUUAUGUAAUUUGCAUUCUUUGUAAUCAUCAUGGAAUUAACCGAGUGACUAUAGAUUAUUGAUUGUCUUGCUGUGCCUUGUCAUAUUUGAGAUGAGUUUUCCUUUUGGUGCGAGAGGUACCGGUACUAUGAAGAAUUACAGCAGCUAUACCAAGUACAGGCCCACCACUGCUACUACUGGUAAAGGGGCUUCAUGGAGUGGAAGGGAGACAUCUUCACUUCCUCUUCCAUCCAAGCAUCAGAAAGAGAAGGGGAUCAUGGAGUUCUCCAAGGCUGACUUGAUGAAGCUUCUAGGAUUACUGGAGGCAGAACUCCAAGCCAGGGACUUGGUCAUCAACAGCCUGAAGAAUGAGCGUACCAAGCUGCUGAAACCCUCCAAGAAUCCCCAUCGGCAGUACACCUUGGCCAACCCUUACACAGCCUUGGUGAGAGACAGUGAGAAGGCCACAGGGAAGGGUGACUCGGACGAGGAGAAAACCAAGGGAACAGAUACCAAAGAUGUGGUGGCUUCGUUGCAUGCUGUCAUAGAGCAUCAUCGGAAAGCAGAGGAGAGGCUCAAGAACCAAGUCCAGACACUCAAAACCAGUCAUUCAAAGGCUGUGAAUGAACUUGAGGAUGAGAAGAGAAGACAUGCUCAAGACACAGCACAAGGAGAUGAUGUCACAUACAUGCUGGAAAAGGAGAGGGAAAGACUCAUGCAGCAGGUGGACUUUGAGAAGGCCCAGCAGAGCAAGCUAGAAAAGGAGUGCAAGAGAUCUCAGGGUCGGCUGGUUCAGGAACGCAAGAAGCAUGCAGAAUUCAUCAAGCUCAUGUUUGACAAACAUCUCUUACUAGCACAGCAGCUCGGAGACACUCAACAGAGAGCCAUGGAAUGGGAGACCCAGGCACAAGCAAUGAGAGCUGAGGCGCAGAAUGCUUCAAAGCUUGCCGCUGAAGAAAGGAACAAAAGUGUGAAAAUGGAAGCAGAGAUGGAGAAGAAGCUCUCGGAUUUUGAUAUUGAGCGAGAGCAGUUGUUGGGAAGGUUGCAGCGGGAGGAAAUGAGGACUAAAGAGCUUAGAGAAGAGCUGGAAUCUCUCAAGAAGUCUUCUAAGAAAUCUGCAGAGUUAGUUAAUGGACGUGCAGCGAAUGGUAGUGAGUUGAAUAGCAAUUCAAAAGGAAGUUCUGCAAAGAGUAUAUCAAGCAGUGGUGACGGUAAAACAACUAAGGGAAAAGAGACUCCUGGGUCGGUUCGCAAACCAGCAGUAGCUAAACCAAAAGCUUCAGCUAAAAUCUAUGGUGCAAAAGGAUACAAGACUCCUCCUCAUUCUGAUAAGUCUGAGGCCUCAUCAUCAUCGUCAUCUUCAGAAGAUAUCAAUGUGACUGUUUCCUUGAGCAGAGUACACUCUGUGAGUCCUGCUGCUCCAAGUCCAAAGAGCAACUUGUCAGAAAGCAAGAAACCAAGCAUAACCUCAAAGCCCAAGCCUGGUACCACUAACCUUUCCAAAGGCACAGGCAAAGACCAUAAACCUCUUAGUCCUGCUUCAAGUCUGGACAAACUAUCUGGGAAAGCAUCUUCUGCUUCACCUUCAUCAGGGGUGUCUCAGAAGGGAACAAAGAUACCCAGCAGCAGUGCCAUGUUUGCAAAUUCAUCUCAACUGAGAAAGAGUGCCCCUACAGUGGCAGUUGUUGCCCCACAACCCAGCAAGGCUUCAAAUAUAUCUCAGGAAGCUAGCAAACAACUGCCUGUAAAGAAAUCCUCAGACAGUACAGACUCAUCUAAAAUGGACAAAAGUGAACCUAAAAGCAAUGCUUUGUCCAGACCGACAACUUUAGCUUCAGGGGAUACUGCAAUGAAAGCAAAAGAACCUGCUGGGAAAGUCUCCCAGUUACGGAACACUCUUACAUCACCAAAGGACAAAGACUCGAGGGAUAAAUCUCCAACCAGGGGAUUUGUUGGAAUGAAUGUGAAAGCAGCUGCAGCUCAGCUCACCAGUCCCGUUGGUAAGAAAGUCUUCAAUCCACUUGGAAACACUCCAAAUAAACUCAAUUCUUCCACUUCCUCAGAGCCUAGUGGUACCACUCAAACCAAAGAAGCUCCCACAAGUGUCAGCAGUACUGCCAUCACUGACAAAGUGAAACCUGUGGUGACUUCUCCAUCGUCCAUCACCCCAGGAAAACGCAAUGUGUCACCCCGAGGCAGUCCCCCUUCUCUAACCCGCCCCACCCUGUGUCCCUCGGCCUGGGAAUCCCCUCUCCACCAGGCCGCCAGACAAGGGGACACAGCAACGCUCUGUAGGCUUAUAGAGGAGCAACACGAUAGGACUUCACCAGAGAAAGAUGGCUCUACCCUCAUUCAUGCCGCUGCUUAUGGCGGUCAAGUAGAUAGUAUAGAUUUAUUAGUAACCUUAGGAGAAGACCCCGAUACAGCUCAGUCAGAAGGACUCACACCCCUACAUGUGGCAUCUGGAGAGGGGCAUGAAGGAUGUGUGAGGUUUCUGUCUGAGCAUGGAUGUAACCCCCUGUCCCGUGAUUCCCAAGGAUGGCAACCAAUACACUGGGCCGCUGCUAGUGGACACGCCUCGUGUGUCAGAACCCUACUGGAUAAUGGCUCCAAACGUGACUGCAUUACAAAUAUUGGCUGGACCCCCUUCCACGCAUCUGCACGUUAUGGUCAGAUGGGUAGCUUACAUGCCUUACUCUACCACACACCGACCAGUGAACAACCUGACCUGCAGAUGCUUUCACAGAUCAACCAAGAGACGGCACCCCAGCCUGUCUCACCGGACUUACUCAACAUGAUGGACCAUGAUGGAUGGACUCUGGCUCACAUUCUGGCCUCGACUGGACAGAAGGAGAUGCUUGUCGCCCUUCAUCAGUACGGUGGUGUACAUCUAGCUGUACCCGACAGGAGAGGGCGUACUCCGUGCGAUGUUGCUUCCGACUCCUGCAAAGAAUUCCUAAGCAGCAUUACUGAAGGCAAGACUGUCCGAGUGAUAGUGGACGUUAGUCAGAGUUCGAUGCCUUCCAACGACCUUUCACCCCACCUCCUCGGCCAGAAGGACGAAGCAUCUCAGUUUGUAAUUGGUCAGUUGUCUGUCCUAUCAGGAAUGACAUGGUCAGCGUUUGACCUGGCCAUCGGCUCGGUCCUGGCUAACAGCUGCAAGAUGCCUGAGAGUGACAAUGAACUACCAAGUCCCAACAGUGAUCAAUCUCCCACAAAUGAGAUCUCACCUGAAAACAUUGAUAUUGGAUUAGGAGUCAACAGCAUUCAUAGCUAUGUUGCAGGAAACCUUCAUUGGUCAGUUGGAGAAACUCCUUCCAUGCAACCACAUGAAAUCUUCAAUUUGACCUCUGAUAUUGUCAUCAAGCUCCAUGGCAACCAAAAUGGCCGCUUGGAUCAGCUAGCCUUUGAAACCUUCCUGCCGCUACAGAUGAUCCAGACCUAUGUCAGAAUAAUUAAGCAAUACAAAAGUGUUCUGUUGUAUGGAUCACCCGGUUCUGGCAAGUCAAGACUAGCUGUUAAACUGGCUCAAUUCAUUCAGGCAAAGAACAAGAAUGAUAGAGUGGAGUCUGACAUGACCUAUGCCUCGUUAAAUUCUUCAUCUACUCACAAAGACCUGUGCAAGUUGCUCCUUAGCAAAGGAUUUCUUGUCCAGGCUAUGUCAGGCAAGCCCAACCCAUCCCACAAUAAAUCAGUGCACAUCCUGGUUCUUGAUGGGUUGGAUAAAGUGGGCGUGGCAGGUCUGUUUGCCGACCUCUUACCGCUGAUAGAGAACAGAUCGAAUCAGAAGACCGUCCGGCUACAAGCCUUGUCUGGCACUGCCUUGUUCACAUUGCACGAGAACUCCAUCAUCAUUGGUACGGUGGACGGAGUGGGACCUGGCACCGAUCUAACAGUCCAGCAGCACUUCCGAUGGAUCCGAGUAGAUUGGGACCAGGAACCAUUCCGUAGCAUCCUGCCGCGGUAUCUCUUCAGGCGUCUGAUCCACGAGAAGGAUGGCUUGGUACCCACCUCACCUUCUGAUGAUACCCUGAGAGUACUGACAUGGGUGUGUGGUAUCUGGAAGCGACUCAACGACGCUCUGGCUAGACUCUCCAUGCCCGAGUUCAGUACCGGCCCCAAACAGUUCUUCACUUGCUGCAUCAACGGCGAUGCUCCAAUGUCCAUAUUGAAAUGGUUGUGUCUUCUAUGGAACUGCAGUCUAGCACCUCACAUCGAAGACACCUUCCACCACAAUGGACCUACGGCAUCAUCUGCCCACAUACAGCAACAUAACAUGGCUGCGAGCACCGCCCUCUAUGUCCUGCUUCAUAAGGCUUUCUUACCAGGAUGCCCACUGAGUGAUGAAGAGGCAGACGAGUAUUUCUCUGGAUUCCGAGGCAUCAGUGCCCCUACCAUGGACGUCGUGGUUGAGAAGUCUAGCAGUGGUGCUAAGAAGCCCAGGAGGAGUAAGAGUUUGGAUCGUAGCAAGACCAGCAACAAGGCUGCAGCUCUGGCAAGGAACCAGGCUCAUAUGGACCUCAUAAGCGCAGAUUCUCAGAGGAAUGGUCGAUCUAUGAUUCCACGUCGUGUGAACCCUAAACCUCUCAAGACUGUUACUAAGCAAAACUCACUGCCUAUCAGUUCAACAAGUAAACUAUCGGAGAGUCCUGUCAUAACACACCAAAGAAGUCAAAGCAUCCCAUCAUCACCAACCGAUGACCCAAACCUCCUGGAAUCACUCCUCAGUAACCAUGCCAACCCUUCACUCUCAGAGAUAGAACAACUCAUCGAGCUUCAGAAGACUCUCUUUGGCAAUGGAGGAGGGGACGGGGAAGACAAAGUCAAAAAUAAGGGAAUGAAAUUCAGCAAGCAGACGACCGGUGGGGGGCAAGUGGGCGUGGUCGGAGGACAGAGGUUGCUACGGAGGGCCAGCGAUGGAGCGCCGGUGUCGCCUGGACUGGCGAGAACAAGGACUAAAGAUGAGGAUGGCGUGUGGAGUGUUUGGGAAGAGACUGUCUGAAGGGAUUCAGUCUGACAAAGUUACCUAUAUGUACCAGCUUCUGCUCCAAUAUCAAUUGUGACUACUAUGAUGAUACAUGGUCAUGACAUGACUGAUUCAGGUUGAGUCCAAUGAUGUCAUGAAAUGAUGCAAGAAUGGCGAAUAUACAAUCAACAGCGCCAUCUCAUGACAACAGUGUUUCGUCAAUGUUGGUCAGUGCUUUAUGAGGAAAUAUGGGGAAAAAUAUCCAAGAAGAAAGGAAGGAUGGGAAUCUCAGCGAAACAUUUUUGCCAGACCUUGGAAAUUUGGCUUGUUUUGGUCUAAACCUUUCAGCUGAAUCAAGGAAUAACAGCUAGAGUGACCACAAUGACUAAAUGAUGUUUGCGGGAUUGUAAUCAGCGACUUUGGUUCGCGUAUUGCCAUGCUCUACGAUUUUGAUAAAGAUCUUUUCACCAGCUGAAAAAUUAGCAUGUUAUGACCUGCCAAUGAGGAAUAGAAAUUAAAUCCCCUUGAUUUACCAUUGUCACCUGUGGGAUUAUUGACUUGAGGUUACGCUUCCGUCAUGAAAGGUACUUUAUUUUUAAAAUCCACCCAGAAACGCCAUGAUUUUAUAAAUUACAGAAACUUCCAUCCUUGAAUAUAUGCAUUUUAAUGAUGGAGUAUUAAAUUUCUUCCUGCCAGAAAAUCUGAAGAAUACCGGUAAAUAUGCAAAUUGGAGCUAUCCCACCAGCACGAAUGAUCAAUGAUCAGUAAAAAGGAAUCAUUAUAUUUGAGAAUUACUGAAAACGUAGCAGAUUUCUCCAAUAUAUGUGAAUACAUGUAUUAUGCUGCUAUGUGUCACUCACGUCACAUAGUACUGCAAUUUAGAAUUAAAAAAAUAAGUUCUUCAUUUCAAUCAGUAAGCAUGAGAAUAUAAACAAUUUUAGGAUCUUUACUUUCUUGGUGAUAUUCUGAUGAUUAAACCAGGAUCAACUCCAGACGAAACAUUAACUGUAGUCCACACUUGAAUGAAAUGAAAGUUUUGGGCCCCAUUUGAUUAAACUAGUUAUAAUAACAAAUGUGCAGUAACAGGAUAAAUCUACUGAAAUCAUUCAGUUGGCUGAUACUAGAAACUAAAUUUGUUAUUAUAACAAGUCUGUAUGAAAUGGGCUCUUUAUCGUACUUCUUUCAUAGUCAAGACGUAGAUAACACACCAAAUAAUUCAAAUGUAUUGUAUCAAUCAAAUCCUAUUCUUCACAUUUCAUUGCAAAUAAAACAUUUUUCACUGCAUGAUUAAAAUAAUCUGUAUUUCUUUUUAAAGUGAAUGAGGUGGCAGAUGGCACUUUCAAUAAGUGCGGUCUAAUGGGGUGUUGCAAGAAACUUGCAGUCAAUUGAAAUCAAUUGCAAAAAAAUUGCAAUCAAUGUCAAGAAGCUUGCAAUCAUUUGCAAAAACUUGAAAUCAGUUGCAAAGAAAACUUGCAAUCAAUUGCAAGAAACUUGAAAUCCCAGGUGAAAAAAAACUUGCAAUCAUUAAAAAAAACUUGCAGUCAAUUUCAAGAAACUUGCAAUCAAUUGUAAGAAACUUACAAUCAAUUGCAAGAAAAAAGAAAACACUUGCAAUCAAUUGCAAAACCUUGCAAUUGAUUACGAGAAACUUGCAAUCAAAAACAUGUCAGUAACCUCACAAUAAGUAUAUAGUCUAACAGAUGCUUGACACUUGUUGCUUGCCAGAUUCCCCCUUCCCCCGACUUUUCGACCAUGGUUUAAUGGGGCGUUCAGAAUAGCCUCGGUGUUUAUUCUUUCUCCGACUAAUUUUUGACGUGCAUCCCCUGUCCAGAAGAAAACCGCUAUCAUCAUUUCUUCAUAAGUACUUAAUAAAAUAAACUGAAAUGACUUAAAUCACUGCUCUGUGUACAUAAAAAAAACCCUGUUUAAGCUGUUAUCUUUACAAUGGUAUUGCUUUCAUCGAUAUUUAAUUAGUGAAAUUUUGCCAUUAAAAAGUAACACCUAAGGGUAAUUCCAGAAAAUAUAUACGUCCAGCUCCCCUAUUUGUGUGAUCUUCCUGAAUUCAUUUAUUUCUACUUUCUACUUCACAUGAAAAAAUGUCAUGUCGGUGCAAGAACGCCCUUAACACCACACCUUUUCCCAUCACAUGGCGCAAAAAUGCCCUUAGCAGCGCACUUAAGUGCAUGGUGUAAAGGUAUCUUUGCGCACAAGGGGUGCGGGAAAAUGUUUUCCUAAGGGCGUUCUUGCACCGACACACAUGAAGUUCUUAAAUUAUAAUAGCUGGAAAAGUUCAGAAAAUAAAGUACGAAGGAAGAAAAUCAUAGUUAGAUGUACAAAAAGGUUGACAAUUUUUGGAGUUGUACUUCGGACAGUACAAUUUAGUUUGACUCAAGAGAGGCUGUGAGGAAGCUUGUAUUCAUGGAAUAGACUUAAAAAUAGCUUAGUGAAAGUAUUCAUCUCCAUUAUGAUCUAGUUAGGGUAGACCAUGAGAGUGUAGGUUCAUUGCCCUUUAAUUGCCAAGUAUGUGUGUCCUAGGAGGUAUUUCACAAAUACUUAAGAUUUAUUAAGAAAGUUUGGCUCAAUGUGGCGAGCCAUUUUAAAAGACACAGUAUACCGAAACUCAUGACAUCAUAUAUUAACUUUUUUUAUAUUUUUGUGUGCGUUUCAGCAUUUUUAAUACUAUAUCUCAAUGGAGCAAGAUGCAAAGAGUCAUGCAACAGGCCAGUCUACAUCGAUUUCUGUAGAGUACAUUAUUUGACCUUGCCGUGGGCCAUCAUGUACCAAUGCAUGUCAAAUGUAGUGUGUGGAAGUCUGUCAUCACGCUCCCCUAAAAUAUAUGAUCAAUGACAUGAAAAUACUGAAAUGCACAAAACAACAAGUUCGUGAUUUUACUCUAUAUUGCUCUUAAUAUCCCUGGCUUUCCGUCUCUCAAGCCAAGUGCAAAUAUGGUCACAAAUUGAGAGUUAUUUCUUUGUUAUGAGUCAUUUGCUGAAAAUAACAAAUUUACAUACCCGUGAUAAAUUAGUGAGAUUAAGUCCUUGAUGAAAAGUACCAAAUGUAGAGAAAAAAAGGGAAUCAGGAAUAUCAGCUGUAUAGUUGUCAUCGCAUUUUACUCAAGAGAGUGCCUUCAUGCAUCCAGAUAAAUAAAGUUCUUACUGUUUUAUGCCA